AUGGCAACUCUUCCAGCUACUGUUUUGGAUAUCACAUCUAGUACCAAAGCAUCACUUCCACAAAGUCUCAAGUCAGCGACCGAACAUGUGGAACAUGCUGUGCACAUCGAACACAAUGCUGCAGCGGGUCAGGAGUCCACGAGCUUUGGUGACGUGAAGAAUGUUGAAACUGAAGCAUAUGUGGUGGAACACGUCAAAGCCGAUUUCAAGCUGGUUCCAAUUAUCCUUGACGAGGUUCGACCGGAUGAAUUACUGAUUGAGAUGAAGUACAGCGGAGUCUGCCACACGGACAUCGUCACGCAGCAAGGUGGCCUCCCGUUCGUCGAGUUCCCUGCCAUUUUCGGUCACGAGGGAGCAGGCAUUGUUCGUGACAUUGGCAGAGAUGUCAAAAUCAAGGACCUUCAGAUCGGUGAUGCCGUUCUCCUAUCAAUGAACAGCUGCGGAACGUGCAAGACCUGCAAAUCUGGACACUGUGCGUUGUGUCCAGACUCAUCAAUUAUCAACAUCAACUCGGUACGCACCAGCGACCGCAGCACCCCAGCUCGGCUAGCUUCCGACGGACGUGCUGUGCGAAGUCAGUUCUUUGGGCAAUCGUCCUUCUGCAAAAUGUCUGUUGUCAACGAAAAGUCGGUCGUCAGGUGUCCCCCAUCAGCUAUCGACCACAUAGAUGUAUACGCCCCACUCGGGUGCGGGCUCCAAACCGGAGCCGGAACCGUCUUGAAUGUCAUACAGCCGGGAAAGAGCGAUUCUAUCGUCAUUUUCGGACUCGGAAGUGUGGGUCUAGCCGCGCUGAUGGCAGCCCGCUACCUCGAAACAGGCCAAAUCGUUGCGAUUGAUAUCGUCCCAGAACGUCUUGAACUGGCGAAGGAGCUGGGGGCUACGCACACUAUCAACUCCAGAGACAGUCGUAAUGUGGUACAAGACAUCAAAGAUGUUACCGGAGGAGGACCGACAUUUGCUGUGGACUGCACUGGCAUCCUUAAGGUCAUCGAAGAUAUGAUUGAUUGUGUUGCCACAUUAGGUACCGCCGUUCAAGUUGGCGUCCCGCCGCCCGGUGCCAAGAUCAAACUCGAUCCACAAGCGUUCUUGCUGAGCAAUAAAAAAUACAUCGGCGUAAUCGAAGGAGACUCGAAUCCUCCGGAAUUCAUCCCCAGGCUGAUUGCUAUGCAUCAAGACGGCAAAUUUCCCAUCGAUAGGUUAGCAAAGAUCUAUCCGGCAUCCCAGCUGAACCAAGCCAUGCAAGACAUGGCUUCUGGCAAGGUCAUCAAGCCUGUGAUUCGAUGGAGCUAG